UCCGGACUUCCUGUUCAACGCUCGACUGUUGACUGGUAGAAAGGGAUGAGGUCCUCGGAAGGUAAAAAAAACAACUAAGUGAAAUCGGAAUAAAAGUUCACUCAAAAUGAGCUGGAUUCCCUUCAAGAUUGGACAACCUAAGAAGCAGAUUGUCUCUAAAACUGUUGAAAGAGACUUUGAACGUGAAUAUGACAAACUCCAAAAGCUCGAGGAUCAGACGAAAAAGCUUCACAAGGACAUGAAGAAAAGCACUGAGGCUGAUUUAGCCAUGUCCAAAGCAGCGGUAAAGAUCUCUGCCGACCUGCUGAGUAACCCUCUGUGUGAGCAGGACCAGGCCUUCCUGGAGUCCAUGACUGCCUUAGAUACAGCCAUGAGAAGGAUGGACUCCUUCAACCAGGAGAAGGUCAACCAGAUCCAGAAGACCGUUAUCGACCCUCUGAAAAAGUACAGUGGCGUCUUCCCCAGCCUCAACAUGGCAGUGAAACGUCGGGAGCAGGCACUGCAGGACUACAAACGGCUGCAGUCCAAAGUGGAGAAGUAUGAAGAGAAAGAAAAAACGGGCCCUGUUAUGGUCAAACUACACCAGGCCAGAGAAGAGCUCCGACCGGUCAGGGAAGACUUCGAGGCCAAAAACAAGCAGCUGCUGGACGAGAUGCCCAAGUUCUACCACAGCCGCAUCGACUACUUCCAGCCCAGCUUUGAGGCUCUCAUCCGGGCACAGGUGGUCUAUUUCACAGAAAUGUACAAGAUCUUCAGCGAGUUAACAGACCAGAUCGACCAGGCAGGGUUGACUGAUGAGCAGAGGGAGAGGGAGACCGAGGCCAAGCUCAGCGAGUUGCGUGCUCUGUCCAUUGUCGCCGACGACUGAGGGAGGAAAGCUGAAAACCGGGAACAGCUCCUUUCAUGCCUCUCUGAAUGGAUUGCACUCUUUUCAGGCUCCUCUGCGCAGUUCAAACGGACAGCAGUGGCCUUAACUUGAUUAUCAGUUUGUUUCCUUGCGGCCUCAUCACCCCACCAACCCCCCGUCCAUUCCUCUUGUACUACACUCCCAUGUUUCAUUCUUUCUGCAACUCCAAGCAGCUGAAAUGCCACAUAAACUAAGCCAUCAGCCAAGUGCAACAUUAUAAGCCAAUAUGUCUUUUUUUUUUUUUUUUUUUUUUUUUUAGUAAAGGAAUCAAACAGCUCUCGUCAGAACUAAUUAGCGGGGUUACACUUCUUGGUUUCAGACAUGUCUAUAAGCAUUUGUUUCUAAAGUAGGAAAUGAGCAAGGAAAUGUUUUUUUAUUAGUCACAUCUGCUAUGUUACCAAUAGUCUGUGAAACAUAGUUUUUAUUACCCAACUUUGAAAUAACACUACAGACUGAAUGUUAUGUAAGGUGCUGUAAGUUAUCAGCAAGAAAAAAUGUAUUUCUGUAUUUUGGCCUUUGCCUGUUAUCUCUUAAAUUUAGCUCUGUGCCAUGGUGUGUGAGGGCUUUUGAUGGGGAUUUACAGGAUACUGGUAACAUCACCUGUGCAUAAUGUGCCUGCAUUGUCCUGACUGUGGAUGUAACAUGAAAACUAACUUGUGCGAAGUUAGACUGUGCCUGUGCAGAGGUCUUGAGAGAUCGAAGACUCAGGCUGCGGCGAGAACAAGUCGCCAUUGAAGUCGAAUCACUGUUCAAAACAAAGGCUGGUGCUCCCUCUAGUGGAAAGUACUUAUUGUGACACACAAUUUCCUUUUAUUCACACCAUCCAUCCUUUGUUCUAUUGUUGGUGGUUCAGUUCAUCUGUUAGCAAAGAACCUCACACAUUGUUGGCACUCUAGAGAAAGUCCUCUCUCUGUACCCUGUACACCAGGGUUUGGAUGCCAACUGUUUUUGGCUUUUCUUGAUUUUGGACCAAAUCAUUCUGCCAUUGCACUCCUUUGUUUCCAACUUUAUCAGGUACAGCCUCAGUGUGAUGACCACGCUCUGAGGGUAAAUGGUAAUGUACACACACUGAUUGCUCCCAUAUCAUGUUAGCAGGUUUUUUUUGAGGUGUCACACCAGGAAGUUGACUAUUUAUUCUUUUACAGUCCGUUUUUGCUUUGUUGUUUUGUUUUUUUUUUAAUUAUAAAAGCAAACGAGUCGAUUUUCUGUCUUUGUGUCAGGUAAUGUGUAACUGUUAGGAGUUACAUGUAGAAGUGUAUUAAUGAAGGUGUUUUUCUAAAUAAUGAGUUUAAGUUGUAGAAGAAGGUUGAUUCUUUUUUUUUUUUUUAACAUAACUAAGUGAAGACUUUUAACAUUUGUGUUGGGCUUUUUUUCAGGUUUUUAAACGUAUUAAUACCACAAUCUGUUUUACAGACAGUGGUUUCACCUAGGAUCUCAAUGUACAAUCAUGAAAUAAAUUAAUUGUGAGAAUGUC